GUCUCCAAUGCUCAGAGGAAGCAAAUGCACAACAGCAGCUCCAUCAGUGAGUUCCUCCUCCUGGCAUUUGCGGACACGCAGGAGCUGCAGCUCUUGCACUUCUCCUUCUUCCUGGGCAUCUACCUGGCUGCCCUCCUGGGCAAUGGCCUCAUCAUCACAGCCAUAGCCUGUGACCACCACCUCCACACCCCCAUGUACUUCUUUCUCCUUAAUCUCGCCGUCCUUGACCUUGGCUCCAUUUCCACCUCUGUCCCCAAAUCCAUGGCCAAUUCCCUCUGGAACACCAGGGCCAUUUCCUACUAUGGAUGUGCUGCCCAGGUCUUCCUGGUUGUCUUCUUACUUUCCGCAGAGUAUUCUCUCCUCACUGUCAUGGCCUAUGACCGCUACGUUGCCAUCUGCAAACCCCUGCACUACGGGAUCCUCAUGGACAGCAGAGCUUGUGUCAAAAUGGCAGCAGCUGCUUGGGCCAGUGGGUUUCUCAAUGCUCUCCUGCACACUGCUAACACAUUUUCACUACCACUCUGCCAAGGCAUCACAGUUGACCAGUUCUUCUGUGAAAUCCCCCAGAUCCUCAAGCUUUCCUGCGCAGAAUCCUACCUCAGGGAAGUUGGGCUUAUUGUGGUUACUGCCUGCUUAAUCUUUGGGUGCUUUGUUUUCAUUGUGCUAUCGUAUGUGCAGGUCUUCACUGCUGUGCUGAGGAUCCCCUCCGAGCAGGGCCGGGGCAAAACCUUUUCCAUGUGCCUCCCACACCUGGCUGUGGUCUCCCUGUUUGUCAGCACUGUCAUCUUUGCCUACCUAAGGCCCUCCUCCAUCUCCUCCCCAGUUCUAGAUUUGGCGGUGGCUGUUCUGUACUCAGUGGUGCCUCCAACAGUGAAUCCUCUCAUCUACAGCAUGAGGAACAAGGAGCUUCAGGAGGCAGUGAGGAAACUCAUUCACAUGGUACUACUUCAGCAGUAA